AUGAAUAGAUAUUUAUUUAAAGUUGGUACCCAAACUACAUCAUUUUUAUUAAGAUCAAACAAUCAAGUUUUCAGAUCAUUCUCGACUGAAAAGAAAUCAAUUUUAGAAACCAUUGAUCAACAAGUUAAAGGUAAUCCAUUGGUUUUAUACAUGAAAGGUACUCCAUCAGCUCCACAAUGCGGUUUUAGUAAUACAGUUGUUAGAAUUCUCGAAGCUGAAGGUGUUGGUAAAUAUGAAUCACAUAAUGUUUUAGAAAAUGACGAGUUAAGAGAUGGAAUCAAAAAAUAUGGUGAAUGGCCAACUAUCCCACAAGUCUAUAUCAAAGGUGAAUUGGUUGGUGGAGCCGAUAUUAUGCUCAAUUUAUAUAAAUCUGGUGAGCUUUCAAAAAUGUUGCAAGAUGCUGGUAUUAUUAAAAACUAA